AUGGCAUUAUUAAAUUAUAAUGAUACCAAAUACGAUACAUUUAAUAAUUUAUGCUUCAUUUUCAUUCAUACGUUGCUCCUUUUUUUAUUAUGUUGUUUGACGCGUUUUCAAUCGUACAAGCAGGUAGAAGCGAUAGCGUCACUCUUGUACAAUGAAAUUUUGAAGAAGUCACCGAAGAACCCAUACGCGCUAGCCGCCGAUUAUUUGAAAAAUCCGCAGACUGCCGACCUGGUGGCUAACUUUAAGCGGUCUGUAGAUUUCCAGUAUGAGGACAUUCUCAAAAARAAUAACCAACAAUAUGCGACAGCGGCUACGGCAGUGAAAAUAGCAACUAGUGAACCUAACCURACCACGUUGGUGACCUUGGAUAAACAAACCGAAGAGACAGAAGACAAUGAAACCGACAUGGUGGAGGACUUACAUAAUUUAUUGGUAGGAGAUGGAGAAAUCAGCUACGUAGUGGAAGAAGAGGCAGAGAUGAAGGUUUUUUAA